AUGGCUUUGUUGAGACUAUCAAUCAUGUUAUGUAUGAUGCUAUUUGGCCCCUCCCUUUCAGGGGCUACUUCUCCUAAAAACAUAUUCAUCCUCGCUGGUCAGAGCAACAUGGCUGGUCGAGGUGGGGUUGAGAAAAAUCGAACGGGCGAUCUUGAGUGGGAUGGGUAUGUCCCACCCGAGUCUCAACCAGACCCAUCCAUUCUUCGAUUGAACCCUGAGCGUCAAUGGGAGGUAGCACGAGAGCCUGUCCAUAGAGGCAUUGACAUUGGCAAGACAGUCGGGGUCGGUCCAGCCAUCGCAUUUGCUCACCAGCUCCAGGCUAAAGGAGGGUCAAAGGUCGGCUCUGUGGGUUUAGUCCCUUGUGCUAGAGGUGGCACUCUUAUCGAACAAUGGGUAAAAAAUCCUAGCAAUCCUAAUGCGACAUUUUACAAGAAUUUCAUUGAACGAAUUCAAGCAUCAGAUAGAGAAGGUGGAGUGGUGCGUGCUCUUUUCUGGUUGCAAGGAGAAAGCGAUGCAGCUAGUAGUGACACUGCUGAAAGAUACAAAAACAAUCUAAAGAAGUUCUUCACCGAUAUCCGCAAUGAUAUCAAGCCUAGAGUUUUACCCAUCAUUCUAGUAAAAAUAGCUGUCUAUGACACGUUUAUGAAGCAUGAUACGCAUGAUUUGCCAGCAGUGAGGGCAGCAGAAGAUGCAGUCCAACGGGAGCUACCGAACGUGGUGACCAUCGACGCCUUGAAAUUGGUGAACACUACCACCGCAGAAGGCUUUAACCUAGAUCGUGGUCAUUUUAAUAUCAAGACUGAGAUUGCGUUGGGCAAAUGGUUGGCUGAUACCUACCUCUCCAAUUAUGGCCACCUACUCUAA